AUGGCUGAGGACGUCACUCGCCAUUCCCGCAUCGUCUCGACACUGGAGGACAGCGGGCCUUCCAUCUACACGGAGACGAUGCACGACCUGCUGGAGCCUGUUUUCAGACUGGUGGGAGGAGAGAGUCGCUGUGCAGGAGCUCUGGAGCUGAACCAGGCGGGAGAAUGGAGACCAGUGGGGAGCUCUUCCUCUCUCUGGACCCUGAAGGCAGCAGCAGUCGCCUGCAGAGAGCUCGACUGUGGCUCUCCUGUUUCUGUCGGAGAGAGAAAGAAGUCCUCAAAGAGACCUGUGUGGUGGAUCUAUCCUCCCUGUCUUCAGUUUGGAUCUCGGAGGGAGUGUGCAGAAUCACUUUUCUCUUCCAACAUCGUGAAUCUCACCUGCUCAGACUCUGUCAGGCUGCUGGGGGGGACUGAGCUGUGCUCAGGCGGACUGGAGGUGAACUCUGACCCGUCUGACCCGUCCUGGUCCUCAGUGUGUGAGGCUGACUUUGACCAGCAGGAUGCUCAGGUGGUCUGCCGGCAGCUGGGCUGUGGGGCUCCUUCAGUCCUCCAGGGGGCGCUCUAUGGAGAAGGGGAGGCUCCAAUGGGGACCAAAGAGUUCCAGUGUGGAGGCCAUGAGUCUGCUCUCCUGGACUGUAGCUCAGCCUCAGAGAGAAGCACCUGCUCACCUGGCACAGCUGUUAGCCUCACCUGCUCAGAGCCUUAUGAGGUCAGACUGGUGGGAGGAUCCAGUCGCUGUGCAGGAGACCUGGAGGGGAAACAUCAGGGAGAAUGGAGACCAGUGAGGUAUUACUCUCUAGAUCUGGACGCUGUCUCUUCCUGGGAACUGGAGGAUGCAGCAGUCGCCUGCAGAGACCUCGACUCUGCUGUUUCUGUGGGAAAGAAAGAGUCCUCAGAGAGACCUGCGUGGGACAUCAGCUCUGCCUGUCUUCAGUCUGGAUCUCUGAGGGACUGUGCACGAUCAUCUUCCUCUCGCUACAUCGUGACUCUCAUCUGCUCAGAACCCGCCCACCAGGUAACCAACAGCUGUGUUUAUCACCUCUUUGUUUUUUCUCAUAACUUCUCCUCUGAGAGCCGUCUGCUGUCCGUCACUCUCUCAGGUGUUCCAUCAGAUCCAGGUCCUUUUAUCAUCCGAGCCGUCGUCCUGCCGCUGACUCUUCUGCUGGUGACCGUCGGACUUUACUUCUACUGUAAGGCCACCAGGGGGCGGAGGCCGAGCCGACAGGAGGACAUUGAGCUGGAUUAUUAUAACUUGGGUGUUCCUGCUGAAGAGGAAGGAGCUCAGGGAGCAGAGUAGCACCUCC